AUGUUGUUGCCAUGGGAACUGUUAAUCCUCCUGUCACUCAAGGACUGCCUUGCAGAGAAAAACAUACUGCAUGGACCUGUCUUCACUCAAGAACCAAGUGACAACAUAUUUCCUUUGAACUCCGAUGACAACAAAGUUUUCAUCAACUGUAAAGCAAAGGGAAACCCAGCACCAAGUUACAGGUGGACGUUUAAUGGAAGAGACAUUGAUAUGGGCAUGGAUUUGAGCUAUAACCUGAUGGAGGGAAACUUGUUGAUCAAUAACCCGGAGGCCACGCGGCAUGGUGGUAUUUACCAGUGUAUAGCCACCAAUUCUAUAGGGACCAUCGUCAGCAGGGAGGCCAAAGUGCAGUUUGCAUAUCUCCAGAACUUCAGCAGCAAGCCUAGGAGUGUGGUUUCUGUCCGCGAGGGCCAGGCUGUGGUUCUGCUGUGUGGCCCCCCGCCCCAUGCUGGAGAGAUUAAAUACUCCUGGAUUUUUAAUGGACGGCCAAACUUCCUACAGCAGGACACCCGUCGGUUUGUCUCACAGAAGACCGGAAACUUAUACAUUGCCAAGGUGGAGGCCUCGGACGUUGGUAACUACACCUGUGUGGUGAGGAACGUGAUGACCAACGGCACUGGAUUCAGCUCGCCGACGCCUGUGGUCCUGCGCAGAGACGCUGUGAUGGGAGAAUAUGAGCCAAAGAUAGAGGUCCAGUUUGCAGACACAAUUCAUGUUGCCAAAGGAUCCUCAGUGAAACUGGAGUGCUUCGCCUUGGGAAACCCUGUGCCGGUCAUCACAUGGAGGAGAGCAGAUGGAAAUCCCUUCCCUGGCAAGAUUAAAAUCAACAACUCCAACGGGGUACUAGAAAUCCCAUAUUUUCGACCAGAAGACGCAGGCUUUUACGAAUGCAUUGCAGAGAACUCCAGAGGACGGAAUGUUGCCAGGGGUCGUCUGAUAUUCCAUGACGUUGGGCAUUUGCACUGGGCUCAGACAUUGAAAGAUGCCUACAUGUCUAUCGAUGCCGACCUUUUAUGGGAGUGCAGGGCAAGUGGAAAGCCCAAGCCUUCAUAUAGGUGGCUGAAGAAUGGCCAACUCUUAGACCCUGAGGACAGAAUACAGGUAGAGGGUGGCAGAUUAUCCAUAUCCAAACUCACUCUGAUGGACUCUGGGAUGUACCAGUGUUUGGCUGAGAAUGACUAUGGAGUGAUUUAUGCCAGUGCUGAACUCAAGGUUGUGGCUUCUCCACCAGAUUUCUCAAAGAAUCCAGUGAAGAAGUCAACGAUGGUUCAAAGAGGGGGUGAGGUGGUAAUUGAGUGCCGCCCUCAUGCCUCCCCAAAGGCCUCCUUCUCCUGGAGGAGGGGAGGAGAAGUUUUGAGGAACACGAAAAGGCAGACUAUUUUGGAGGAUGGCAGCCUCCGAAUCACCAACGUUAGCAAAUCUGAUGGAGGCAGGUACACCUGUGUGGCCAGAAACCCUUUCGGAGCAUCAAGCAGCACAGGCAGCCUGGUGGUGAAAGAGCCAACAAAGAUCACAGUUCCUCCUCUGAAUGUUGAUGCCACGGUAGGAGAGAGCAUCGUCCUGCCAUGUGAGGUUUCUAAAGACCCAUCCCUGGACACCACAUUUAAGUGGUUCUUCAAUGGGAAGCUGAUUGAUUUCAACAGACAGGAUCAUUUCGAAAUGAUUGGAGGAGGUUCUGCUGGUGAUUUGAUGGUGAGGAACAUCCAGUUAAAACAUGCUGGAAAAUAUGUCUGCAUGGUUCACACUAUGGUGGACAGUGUGUCAGCUGCAGCAGACUUGAUUGUAAGAGGGCCUCCAGGGGCUCCCGAGGGCCUGGUUGUGGAGGAAAUUACGGACACCACCGCUCAGCUCUCGUGGGGUGCAGGGAGUGACAACCGCAGCCCUGUCACCACAUACAUUGUGCAGGCAAGGACUUCAUUCUCCAUAGGCUGGCAGGCAGUCAGAACAGUUCCCGAUUCUAUACCUGGACAGAUGUUGCAUGCAACUGUGGUAGAACUGAGCCCCUGGGUGGAUUAUGAAUUCAGAGUGGUAGCGAUCAACAGUGUGGGCAUGGGAGAGCCCAGUCUGCCAUCCAAGCAACUACGUACCAAAGCAGCAGUGCCUGAAGUUGCCCCAGCCAAUGUAAGCGGAGGUGGAGGAAGCCGAUGCGAACUUGUCAUUAUGUGGGAGCCUGUUCCAGAGGAGCUGCAGAAUGGGGAGGGGUUUGGAUAUGUUGUGGCUUUUCGUCCAAUUGGCACGACAACAUGGAUACAGACUGUGGUGGCUUCAGCUGAUGCCUCCACAUAUGUGUUUAAGAAUGAGAGCAUCCCACCUCUUUCCCCUUUUGAGGUGAAAGUUGGUGUCUUCAACAAUAUAGGGGAAGGCCCUUUCAGUCAUGUGACUACAGUUUAUUCUGCUGAAGAAGAACCGUCUGUAGCCCCAUCGUGGAUAUGGGCACGGACCCUGUCUGCAUCUGAGAUCGGGGUGUAUUGGGAGCCCAUCUCCUGGAAGGCCAGCAAUGCAAGGGUGCUCGGUUACGAGGUGCAUUACUGGGAGGAAGGGGAGCCAGAGAGUGAUGCAGAGAGGCUUAGAGUCACAGACACGAUGGCGAACAUCACGGGUCUGAAGGGCAGCACAUCCUAUUUCGUCACAGUCAAGGCCCACAACAGUGCUGGCACUGGCCCCCCCAGUGUCCCAGUCAACGUCACUACCAAGAAACCACCUCCAAGUCAACCACCAGGGAAUAUUGAGUGGAACUUGACAAACUCCAAGAUCUUUUUGAAUUGGGAACAUGUGAAGGCCAUGGACAAUGAGUCAGAAGUGAUUGGAUACAAGGUAGUGUAUCGUGAGAACUGGCACAGAAGAACCAGUGUGGUGGAAACCAACAGGACCUCUGUUGAGCUGGACCUUCCCUCUGGCGAGGACUACCUCAUCGAGAUCAAGGCGCUGAGCGAUGGAGGGGAUGGCAGCAGCAGCGGACCGAUUCGAAUCCCAAAGAUGUCAAGUCUCAAUUCAAAGGGACAUAUCAUUUCUGAUGUCAGAUGGUACAGGGGGGAAAAGAGAGCCAUGAAGUUCGCUAUCUCUGACCACUCAAGCAAUUGCUACUUCUGUAUGGUGAACCCUUCCAAACAUCGGACCGGCAAGAAUGCACCUGCUAUCAUGUAUCCGGACCUUCCAUCAUCCAUCGCCCCGGUGCCACGCUGCCCUGAGCUCCCAAUACGCACUCCUCUGGAGAGAGAGCAGCCGUCUUCAGAAGAGAGCAGCAAGUCAGAAGGAGAGGAAGAUGUUGUGGAUCCAGAUUACAAUUUCAGAGGAGCAGCUGAGGAGAGAAACCCCUACUACCCCAACCAAAAAGACCUCAACGACUUCAUCAGAGAUCUUGGUCUCACAAAGUCCAGUGCCAAGGUUUUGACAUCUAGGCUCAAGCAGUGGAACUUUCUGUUCGAGGUAAUCGGAAUUGCCUGUAAACCGAACAAGUGGCGCCUCUUCAUUGACAGCUUAUCCAGGAGCCUCAAAGCCGUGCUGCUCCAUAACAGGAACAAGUACCCGUCUCUUCCCCUGGCUCACUCGGUGCACCUUAAAAAGGAAUACAACAGCGUCAAGACCUCACUAAACGCCUUGAAGUAUGAUGAGUACGGCUGGGAGGUCAUCGGAGACUUCAAAGUGGUGGCAUUCCUGAUGGGUGUCCAAGGCGGUUUUUCCAAGUUUCCCCGCUAUCUUCACCUUUGGGACAGUAGGGACACCGCAGCGCACUACCACAGGCAGUACUGGCCACAGUGGACCGAGUUCUCUGUGAGGAGGAGCAAUGUCAAGUGGGAGCCACUGGUGGACCCCCGGAAGGUGUUGAUGCCACCACUGCACAUAAAAUUGGGCCUUAUGAGACAAUUUGUCACAGCUCUAGAUAAGGAGUCUGCAGCCUUCAAGUACCUUCAAGACUUCUCCCCUAAACUGUCUGAGGCAGAGGUCAAAGCCGGUGUCUUCAUCAGACCACAGAAAAUCCUGGGGUGGAAAAUCUUGGAGGAAUUCCCCAAGAAGCCCACUAGGAAGGAGAAAGCAACUUGGGACAGCUUUGUCGCAGUGGUUCGGGGCUUCCUGGGCAAUCACAAGGCCUAA